UUGCCGUCUAGAAUUACAGAGCAUUCAUCUCGUUGGGAAAUCGUUCCUUUUGCUGAAGUCGGUUGGCCUGCGUGGUCUUGUAAGAGCUUUUUCCUCAUAAUUAUAUUGUCAGGAAAUAUCUCGCUCUAUUUGGCCAUUGGGAACGCGCGAAUAGUUAGGCAGUGUAUCCGUACGAGUUUACGAGGGAGAGUGAAAAUUUAAACAUGAAACGGGAAGAGAAAGCCAAGCCGACCAAAGGCGAACAGUUCGCACAACUGCGAGCUGACUUCUGUAAAUUUCUUUACAAUAAAGAAGGAGAUGAACCUGCUGUAGUUAUGGGUCGUACUGCCUUGAGUUGGGGUAAAAUUGGUCUAUUUUUCUUUGUGUAUUAUUCCUGCCUGGCAGCAUUUUUCGCAGCAAUGUUUGCGAUUGCCUUCUCGACCAUGCCAGAAAUUAAAGAUGGACCAAAGUAUACUUCGUUUAUCGCUGAUAAACCUUUGCUACUUGUAUAUCCUGAUGGAAUUGGCUCUUGGAAAAAUAGCAGUGUUGGAGAGAGCAUUAAAAAGCGUUAUGAUGACUUUCUAGAUGGAUAUGAGGAUACACAGUGUUAUUUAAAAAGAAAAUGUGUAGCUGGUGACGGUUAUCGCCCAGAAAAUGAAGACAAGCAGUGUGGUUUUAAUCUUACAAGCUUAGGUCCAUGUGCACCAGAUCAUGCAUCUGGAUUUGGAUACUACGACCGAUCCCCAUGUUUGUAUCUUCGGUUGUCUAAGAUAUAUGGCUGGAAACCAGAACCAGCCUCAAACAGCAAGUCUAUUGGUUUAAGAUGCGAUGGUGAUAAAAAUACUAAGAUUACGUACCACCCUGGUGAAGCCGAAGCCUUUCCAAUCAGCUUUUGGCCAUUCCGUGGAGAAUCGGGUUUCAGAACACCAAUUGCUGCAAUCCAGGUUAGCGGUAACAAGGGGAGUGUGAAAAUCAAAUGUAGUGCUAUUGCGGAUAAUAUCGAAUUAAGUGAAACUUACAAACUGAGGAAAGGUGCUUAUGGUCAAGUGGAAUUCACUGUUGCCGCUCCACCGACAGCCUAAACGUCGAAAUCGCGUCUAAAGCGAUCUUCUUUUAGUUAUGCUACUUUUAAUAUUAACAGUUACUACUUGUUUGAACAGUGUUGUCUAAUCACUAUAGUGUGAUAUAUGUUGAGGUUUUCCAUAGAUGUUUCCUAGCACGUUGCUCCAAAUUACUUACUCCAAUGGAUUUGUCGAAGACGUCUGUCGAGAAUGAUGGAGUAAUUAUAGCUUUUAUAAACCUGUAUUAAGGUAUUUGCGCUGUUCUGUGCGCAUGGAUGUCCAGUUUCAAAUAUUUUUUAAUGAUUCUCUCGUGAUUUGAUACUCUCCAAAAUAUUAAAGUUAAAUAUUUAAAUUCAGUGCAUGAUUUUUUAUUUACAAAUGUAUUUAUUGUAGAUUAGUUUAUUCGUUUUUAUUGUUUGUUUCAUGUACAUCCAGGAUUAGACUUUUUCUUUAAAUGAUUGUUCUACAUAGUUUAUGUAGUUGUGGGAAACGUGUGUGAGGAACGGAGUAUUUCUCUAGCCAGAAUGUUCUAGAUUACAUGUAGUCGUUGAUCAUAUUUGGUGGGACGGUGGCUGAUAUAUCAAUAUUAAUAUAGUGACUUAUUGAAAGCUAGGUAUUGAACAUUUACGGAAAAUCUUCAUUUUCAUUGUUUGUAAUAAAUUAUACCCAAGAGAAAUUACAUUUUUGAAAUUGUUA